AUGAACGUUUCUGGUAUACCAGAUGUUGCGGAAAUCGAGUGUACCGUCAGCGCUGGCCCGGGAAUUCAGUGCAGCGCAUCUCGAAGUGGUUUCAUCACGAUACAGACGAAGACCGAAUCGAUCACCAUCUUACUGCAGCAAAUCAUCAACAAGAAGAGAGUUACGGCCAAGCCUGUUGGCCAACAGCCUGUUCAAUCAGUGGCAUCUUCUUCUGGAAGCAAUACUAGUCAAGUAAAAUUUUGGUUUGCAGGAAACAACGGCCCAGAAGAUAUGCGACACGACGAGGGCAACGACGGAUCAGAAGAUCUUCUCAGCAGCAAUGACAGGAGAGCACCAAGAUCGGUAGGGGAAGUUGCCAAAAAAUCAAACAAUGGCACAGAUAAUGAAUUUAGGGGGAAGAGUCCUGCCUGUCUUGGUGAUGAUGACAAGGAAGACGAUAUCGAUGCGAGCAACAGCGAUGGUUUCAAUAGAAACUCCAGGCAAAAGAAGCCAGAACCCCCAAUUUCAGACGAAGAAUUGACGGCAAUUUGUCGGAAACUCGCGUCGAAGACCUUGAAGAAAUGGAAGUUAAAGCAACAACAAGAGAAGAAGAGUUUAGAAGCAUUUCUUUCCGAUUGGCCCAAUUUUUUCGGCUACACUAGACAUGCAUCCCUUGAACAAUGGUCGUACCGAGCUCUCGACACUUCAGAAAAAUUUGGGGGCCUCCAGCAACCUUUCCACAAAGUGAGCCUUGCUAACUGGUGGAAUGGAUGCUUAAAACGGAGAACUUCGGAAAACACUACCACCCGUGUUAAGGCACUGAUGGUUUCAGCCUUAGAGCCAGGCUUUGAAAAGCUUGAAUCCAAGGAGAAGAAUUCAAAGCGAAAACAGAUCGACAGAUAUGUACUCCAGGGCGAAGUUAUCACCCUAAUGCUCACCCGAGCCCCUGGUUUAGUUAUCACGGUCUCUGACCUUAUUACAACACCCGAGUACCGUACUUUGUGGAGCAAUAGACAUCGGUCUCCUGUUUCUGGGCUCAAUUGGAUAAAUGAGAAAUUGAUCCAAGACUCAGAGCUAUACUCGGAGACAGUACAGAGUAUCUUCAGUCUCAUGCAUCAGCAUUUUAGUGGGUCAAUCCCUGGUCUUGUAAUGCUCGGGCUAUCACUCAUUUUCGUAGCGUUCAUCCAACAUCUGAUCCCGGACCGAAAAGCUAGUUUUACUCUUUCACGGUCGCCAAUAGAACCCGAAUCUGGAACGAAUGUCGCAUCAUCCUGCCAUCAAGUGACGCCUAGCUCAAAAGAAAUCAUACCCUCCUACCAAAUCUCUCUAUGCGAUCAACAGUCGUUCGUCAAGUCUAUCGGACCAAGUGCAAACGCCACCAAACGAAGGAAGACAAGACAUGCCACACCCCAGGCUCAAGCGCAACUAUACAUGAUUCAAAACGAUAAUCAGGAUACCUCUGCACCCAGUUUGGAGGCUUCCCUUAUCAAUAUUCAUGGAGAAAACCAAGCCCUCGAUGUUACAAUUGCCGCAAACGUUCUUCAGUCACUCCAACAUGGCAACCAAGGCUAUACGGGGGUUGCUGCAGCCGAGUUGCCGCUUGGAGAUCAACAGCAACCCUUACCGCCCGCCUCGGGUAUCUUAGAGCAAUGCAGUGUGACAGAGUAUGGUAGUUAG